AUGACUCGUUCACCUGCCGUUUUUCUCGCCCUGGCAGUCGGGCUUCAAGUCAGCGGCACCGCAGGGCUUCGAGACGAGCCUGCCAUUCUGCGGCGAGCUUGUCCGGACUAUGUCUCAUACUCGACUGUACCGCAUCCCCCAUAUAGUGGUGGUCCAUUGAAUCUACCCUUCCAACGGCCAGCGAUAGAAUGUCGCACCUUUUCAUCCCCAGAGGUGGAGAAAGUUAUUGACGAAGUUACGUCCCGUAUGGUGGACAAGGAUUUAGCUCAACUGUUUCGAAAUGCGUUUCCCAACACCUUGGACACGACCAUCCGAUGGCACACCGAUGGCUCAACUGCGGCCAAAAAGACAAAGAAGGAUGGUGCUCAAUGGCAAGGACCACAGAGCUUCAUCGUAACUGGCGAUAUUCAUGCAGAAUGGCUUCGCGACUCCACGAAUCAACUAUCCGGUUAUCAGGCUCUAGCCAAAAAGGACAAAGCCCUCCACAACCUCAUUUUGGGUGCCAUUAACACCCAGGCUGAGUUUGUCAUUCAGUCGCCAUACUGCAAUGCCUUUCAACCCCCUCCACCCAGUGGCCUUAAGCCAACACCGAAUGGGCAGGACGACAAGGUUCAUCCGGCAUAUGAGCCCUCUGUUGUGUUCGAAUGCAAGUACGAGCUCGAUUCAUUGGCACAUUUCCUGGCCCUGGGAACCCAGUUCUUCGAAAACACGGGAUCAACGGAGUUCCUCACCGAACGUUGGUACAUGGCUCUGAACACCCUUCUCAGCGUUUUGGAUGCGCAGUCACAGCCGACGUUCAACGAGGAGGGCCAAUUUGUCACCAACCAGUACACGUUCCAGCGCACAACCACCGCGGGCACUGAAACUUUGAGUCUGGGGGGCAUUGGCAAUCCAUUGAAUAAUGGCACGGGUCUCAUUCGAAGCGCAUUCCGUCCCAGUGACGACGCUACUAUUCUCGGCUACUUCAUCCCGCCCAAUGCGAUGAUGUCCGUCCAGCUGAAGAAGACCGCGGAUGUGAUCAAGGCGGCAGGAGGGAGUGCGGACCUGGUCAAAAAGCUUCGGCAGCGAGGGGAGGAGCUUGAUCACGCUGUCAGAGAGCACGGCGUGGUCCACCACUCAAAAUACGGCGAUGUCUUUGCUUUCGAAGUGGACGGCUAUGGCUCACGGAUCCUCAUGGACGAUGCCAACAUUCCGUCCCUGCUUUCGCUGCCUCUGCUCGGCUACGUUGAUGAGAAAGAUCAGGUCUAUCGCAACACGCGCAAGAUGAUACUCGACAAGAGCGGCAACCCAUAUUAUCUGACAGGCUCCGCGUUCCAUGGCAUCGGUGGACCUCACAUCGGUUUGCAGAACGCUUGGCCAAUGUCACUCCUAGUUCAAGCGAUGACAAGCGACUCUGAAGCGGAGAUCACUGAAUGCAUCAACCUUGUCCGCAAUUCGAGUCUCCUGGGUCUCGUGCACGAAUCUAUCAACGUCAACAAUAUCAAAGACUACACGCGACCCUGGUUUGCCUGGACCAACUCGGUCUUUGCCCAGACUAUAUUGAAGAUUGCAGCGGAGAGACCACAUCUGAUAUUUGGGGAGGGCGCGAAGCCGUACAUCGUCCAGUAA